AUGUCACCCAAGAAACCCAUCAAAGUAACGGCCGAAGCCUGCCCACAUCAUCAUCUCGACCACUCUCGCUCAGGCUACGGCGAUGCACACGCUACAACAAACUAUGCGCUACUAGUAGAACAUGCUGUUCACCUUGGAACCGCCGGUUUAAUCGAUAAGAUAAUGGUAGCUGAGUUGACGAAGCCCAUCGGAAAAAUGCGUGAGCAAGGGAUCAAAUACAGUCAUCGGUAUCUCACCGCUCAUCCAGACUACACGGGAGAAAACGCCGAUAUAAUACCGAGCAUGCAGCUGGCAAUGAAGCAUCAGAAAGAUAGAGACGCGGCGCAGGAAAAGCUGCUUUAG